AUGGAGACCUGCCUGAAAGUCCUGCUGCUCGUCGGGGUGGUCACAGCAGCCCCCACGCCAUCAUCAGCCCCUCUGCCAACCCACGAGGAUGCGAUUUUAGCUGCAGUUCUGGUGUACAACCAAGAGCCAGCCUUAACACUGGCCUAUCGGCUCCUGGAAGCUGAGCCGCAGCCAGACUGGGACGUGUCUUCAAAAACGAUCCAACCGCUGAAAUUCACUGUUCAAGAGACAGUGUGCCCGGUAUCAGAGAACCGUGACUUCAACCAGUGUGAAUUCAAAGAAGAUGGGCUGGUCAAAGACUGCUCUGGAUUCUUCUCCACUGUACAGGACCCCCCUUCCGUCAUUAUCAAAUGCGAGGAGGCGUCUGAGGAGCCUAAUGUCGUCACACGGGGCCGCUGGGGACGUUGGAGGAGAAAAGCUGGUAGGUUUAUUAAGCGAAAUCGCUGGAACAUCAUUGCUACCGGUCUCAAGUUGAUCGGCUAA